AUGAGAAAUAAAUUUAAACUCGGAUCAACUUCAUUAACAAUAACACAACAACAAACAAAAUGGUAUGAUUUGCUAAUAUUAAUUAUAAAAUUAAUCAUAUUUGUAAUAAUAAUAUUAAGUGCUGUGUUAGGUAAUGCAUUAGUGAUAAUUAGUGUUCAUCGACAUCGUAAAUUACGUGUUAUUACUAAUUAUUAUGUUGUCAGUUUAGCAAUGGCUGAUAUGUUAGUGGCACUAUGUGCAAUGACAUUUAAUGCAAGUGUUGAAUUAAUGCAAGGUAAAUGGUUAUUUGGAUAUUUAAUGUGUGACAUAUGGAAUUCAUUCGAUGUAUAUUUUUCAACAGCCUCCAUAUUACAUUUAUGUUGUAUAAGUGUUGAUCGUUAUUAUGCCAUUGUACGUCCAUUAGAAUAUCCAAUAAUAAUGACCCAACGUACAGUGAUAUUUAUGUUAACCAAUGUAUGGUUAUUACCGACAUUUAUUAGUUUCAUACCAAUAUUAUUAAAUUGGUAUACAACACCUGAACAACAAGAAUAUCGAAUAGCCAAUCCAGAUGAAUGUUCGUUUGUUGUAAAUAAAUAUUAUGCAGUAAUUAGUUCAUCUGUAUCAUUUUGGAUACCAGGUAUUGUUAUGAUAAUAAUGUAUUAUCGUAUUUACAAAGAAGCAAUACGACAACGUAUUGCAUUAUCACGCACAUCAUCAAAUAUUAUCCUAAAUUCAAUACAUCAACAUCGUACAUCAACAUAUAAUCAUAAUACACAUCGACAACGGCUAUUAUUACAACAGCAACAAUAUGAGCGUGAACAACAACAAUUGGAACAACAAAAUAAACGUUUACAUCAUUUUGAUACAGAUCAUAGUGAUAAUAAUUUAAAUGAUCAUAAUAAAAAUAAUAACGCAGAUGAUGAACCAAUCACUGUUACGGUUGCUGUACCUGUACCUGUAUCUGUUAAUGUUAAUAAUACAACAACAACAACAACAACAACAACAACACCAACAUCAUCAUCAACAACAUUAUCCAAUCAACAACAACAACAACGUCCAUCAACAAGUACAAAUACAACAUCAACAUGUACAAAUCCUUCAAUUACAAGUAAUUUUAAUAAAGCUGCUACUGAAUUAAAUAUGAAUGGUACAACAAUAAAAAAACAUAGAAAACAACAAUCAACACCCAUUACAGCUCAAACAUCAACAACAACAACAACUACAACCACAUCGUCUUCAUCACGUAAUAGUUGGCGUGCUGAACAUAAAGCUGCACGUACUUUAGGAAUUAUAAUGGGUGCAUUCCUGUUAUGUUGGUUACCAUUCUUCUUAUGGUACGUGACAACAACAUUAUGUGGUGCAAAAUGUUAUUGCCCGAAUGAAGUAGUGGGAAUGUUAUUUUGGAUUGGUUACACAAAUAGUGCAUUAAAUCCAUUAAUUUAUGCAUACUUUAAUCGUGAUUUUCGUGAAGCAUUUCGUGAUACAUUACAAUGUACAAGUACAACGGCAUCGGCAUUAUCACCAAAAACAUCAACGGCAGCUGGAGCACACCAUCAUCAUUAUACGGUGCAUGAUGAUUGCGAGGACGAUGAUUGUGAUCACGAGGAUGAACAUAAUACUGCGCAGUAUGUGUAG